AUGCAACUCGUGCAGGGAUUCUCUCGACAACGAGACGUGUCGUUUGUUCGAGUCUCACUCGGUUAUUGGCGAGGAAUGGUACAGCACGGACGACCACUGAAGCAAGUUCAAUCACCACCGCCGCCUGACUAUGUCAUUGCCCAGUCAGUGGAGCCGCAGCCGAUUCUCGAGGUGGCCAAAGCCGCCGGACUCGCUCCUAGUGAACUGGACCUCUAUGGUCAAUUCAAGGCAAAAGUUCGGUUGAACGUGCUUGAGCGGCUACGAGACGCGCCAACUGGUAGACUCGUCGUCGUGACAGGCAUAACGCCGACCUCGCUGGGUGAGGGCAAGUCGACCACCACGGUGGGUCUAUCGCAGGCGCUGGGAGCGCACCUGAACCAGCGGGUGUUUACGUGUUUACGGCAACCUAGUCAGGGACCAACGUUUGGGAUCAAAGGCGGUGCAGCUGGUGGCGGGUACGCCCAGGUCAUACCCAUGGAAGAGUUCAAUCUGCACUUGACCGGAGACUUGCAUGCGAUAACGGCAGCGAACAACCUGCUGGCGGCGGCGAUCGAUGCGCGCGUCUUCCACGAGUCUACCCAGUCGGACGAGGCACUUUACCGACGACUGACAGCGAAAGGAUUUUCCCCGAUCAUGUUAAAACGUUUACAGAAGCUUGGUAUCGAGAAAACGGAUCCAAAAUCGCUGACGCCAGAGGAGCAGCGGCGCUUUGCGCGCCUCGAUAUCGACCCCGAGACAAUCGCAAUUCGGCGGGUACUCGAUACAAACGAUCGCUUUCUCCGCAGCGUUCGCAUUGGUCUGGCACCCACCGAGCGUGGAUACGAGCGACUCACCGGAUUCGAUAUUACGGUUGCUAGUGAGAUCAUGGCGAUUCUGGCACUUGCAACGUCACUGGCGGACAUGCGCGAACGCUUUGGGCGCAUCGUCGUCGGGCACCAGCGCGGCACCGGUUUGCCGAUCACCGCCGAUGACCUCGGCAUCACUGGUGCACUGACUGCGCUCAUGAAGGACGCCAUUAUGCCGAACUUGAUGCAGACGCUGGAAGCGACGCCGGUCUUUGUGCACGCUGGUCCAUUCGCGAAUAUCGCACACGGCAAUUCAAGCGUAUUAGCAGACCAGAUCGCAUUGAAGCUCGUCGGAGCGGAUGGAUACGUGAUCACUGAGGCUGGAUUCGGUGCGGAUAUCGGUUUCGAGAAGUUUAUGCAUAUCAAGUAUCGAGCGGCCGGGACGGCGCCCAGGGUUGCGGUUCUGGUGGUAACGCUGCGGGCGCUCGCGAUGCAUGGGGCUGGCGCUGGCGUACGCGCCGGUGCCGAGUCCAACAUGGUGCGUCACAUCGAGAACAUCCGCAAGUUCGGUGUGCGUUGCGUGGUCGCAUUGAACCGUUUCAAGGAUGACACCGAUGCAGAGCUGGCGACAGUGAUAGACGUUGCUCGACGUGCGGGCGCCUGUGAUGCUGUGGUUGCGUCGCAUUUCGAGCACGGCGGCAAGGGUGCUGUUGCGCUCGCAGAGGCCGUGGUGCGGGCUUGCACGGCGAGCACAGACGCGCAGCACGACGUGCCGCGCCUCCUCUAUUCCCUGGACAUGCCCCUAGAAGAGAAAGUGCGCAUCAUUGCCUGCGAGGUGUAUCGAGCGGCGCGGGUCGAAUGGACUGCAGAAGCGCGUAGAAAGUUAGAAAAACUGGAACAGCUUGGGUACGAGAAGCUCCCGGUCUGUAUGGCCAAGACGCAGUACUCGUUUUCGGAUGAUCCUGAGAAGAAAGGCGCACCAGAGGGUUUCGUACUUCCCAUACGAGAUAUUCGCUUGAGCGCUGGUGCGGGAUUCGUCUAUCCGUUGGUUGGCGAGAUCCAGACGAUUCCCGGGCUGCCGACCAGGCCCGCGUUCUACGAUAUCGAUGUAGAUGUGGAGACGGGGCAAAUUCUGGGCCUUUCGUAG